AUGCCACCCAAAACAAGUGCCGCCGAAUUAACAAUUCGUCUCAAGCACAAAAAACAAACCGUACUUUUGAUUCUAGCCGGCGGCGUUACUGUCAAUGGACUUAAAAAAACGCUGGCUAAAGCAUUGAAUGAGACCAGAGGUUCGGAUCAAGGGGUCGACGAGGUGGAUGAUGCUCCAAUUCCAAAACCGUCGUUCGAAACUGCCUCGGAUGUAGAAGAAGAUACUGAUAAACAACCUGGUGCUGAAGAAAUUACGGCAAAAAUCAUAGAUGCGAAUGACCUAAGAGUUGGUAUUCCUGUGGAUAAAUCUGAUUUCAGUAAAGGAUUCACUGAUAUUACUGAUGCCAAGGGUAAUAUUGAAGCCAAUGGAAUUGUUGAGGGUAGCAUUCUCGCAUUCUGCACUAAGGACGGUGACUUUGAAAUUGAAGUGCCAUAUGAUGACAAUCUAGAUGAGUAG